UCACUAUCCCUCUCCAUUUCCAAGCAUGACUGUCAAGCGUCGGAACCAUGGCAAGAACCGCAAGGGCCGCGGCUCCGUCCCCUUUGUGCGCUGCACCAACUGCUCGCGCGCCGUCCCCAAGGACAAGUGCGUCCGCCGUAUGCUUGUGCGCAACAUGAUCGAGUCUGCUGGCCAGCGUGACAUCAUCGAGGCCUCGGUCUACGACGUCUUUGUCAUCCCCAAGAUGUACAUCAAGCUGACGUACUGCAUCUCGUGCGCCCUGCACGCCCGCGUUGUCCGCGCCCGCCCGGCCAAGGACCGCAAGAACCGCGAGCCGCCGCGCCGCCCGCGCCGCCGCCGUGACGACGACAACAAGAAGAAGCCGUACGGCACCCAGAACAACGAGGCUGCCGAGUCGGCCAUCGCCGCCGCUCUCGCCGCCAAGGCCGCCGCCGCCACCGCCACCGAGGGUGCUGCCGAGGCCGUCACCGAGACUGCUGCUGCCGAGGCCCCUGUUGAGGCGUAA